AUGGCAGGCAGUGCCCUAGCUGAUAUGUGCUCUUCAACCUUGUUGAGUGGUUUGAUCAUAGCGGCUGUUUUGGUCUGGUUUUUUUCAUGUUAUUGGAGAAGGAAGCAUUCAGCAGCAGCUGCUCUCCCUCUCCCGCCGGGCCCAUUUGCAUGGCCCCUCGUCGGCAGCCUCCCGGCAAUGUGGCGGAGCAAGCCGAGAUACCGAUGGAUCCACACGAUAGUGGAAGACCUAAACACCGAAAUCGCAUGCAUCCGUCUCGGAAAAACCCACGUCAUUCCCAUAUCGGAUUACGUGCCGAUUCUGAAGGUGUUUGAUUUGGAUGGCCAUGGGAGGGUUGUGGAGAAAGCUUUGAAUGUUAUUAGAAAGUAUGAAGAACCGAUCAUCGACGAGAGAGUUCAACAAUGGAGGAAUGGGGAGAGGAGGGAGCCUGAAGACAUGCUUGAUAUCUUCAUCUCACUUGAGGGUGACAAUGGGGAGCCAUUGUUGUCUGUCGAGGAAAUUAAAGCACAGAUCACUGAACUGCUGCUUGCAACAGUGGACAACCCAUCGAACGCAGUGGAAUGGGCACUGGCGGAGAUGCUCAAUCAACCGGAAAUCCUCCGCAGAGCCGCCGCCGAAAUCGACACAGUCGUCGGAAAAUGCCGCCUCGUCCAAGAAUCUGAUCUCCCUUCCCUAAAAUUCCUCACCGCCUGCGCCCGAGAAGCCCUCCGCCUCCACCCAAUCGCGCCGUUCAAUCUCCCCCACAUCGCCACCGCCGACGCCGCCGUCGCCGGGUACUUCAUUCCCAAAGGCAGCCACAUCCUCCUCAGCCGCCUCGGCCUCGGCCGGAACCCUAGGAUUUGGGCCAAUCCGGCGCGGUUCGAUCCGGAUCGCCAUCUGAGGGAUUCGUCGGUCGAUUUAGGGCUGGCCGAGCCGGAUCUGCGGUUUAUUACGUUCACGCGCGGGAGGAGAGGGUGUAUGGGCGGCACGUUGGGGACGGCGAUCACGAUGAUGCUCUUGGCCAGGCUUGUGCAGGCAUUUCACUGGCGGCUGCCGCCGGGCGUCGCGGCAAUUGACCUGUCGGAGUCCGAUCAGCUGUUCCUCAAGAAUCCGCUGCACGCUUUUGCAGAGCCGCGGUUUCCAGAAUCUCUGUACCCUACGGGAGAGAAACAGAAGCUUUCUUAA